AUGAGUUUGGCUUCUCCACGAGUUACAAGGACAGUGCUUCCUCGGAAAGUUUCUUCGAUUGCAUUUGCUAUUGGUGGAUUGGCUUCUUUCGUCAUCUUCGUCUCCCUGCUUCUUUUCACGCAUCCCAUUGGUUCCUCUGUUACUUGGUAUCUCUACGGCACUGACACCACUCAACCCGUGGGCUUUCACCACAAUAGUAGCGACUUUGAUACUUCUGAUCCAAACCCAUCUCCUGACUCUACCUCCUCAGACUCACCGCCAUUAACACGACAAGGUAGUGAUGAUAACAAAGUGUUUCCCGAAGACCCUAACCAUGUUACAUUAGGUAGAAACUCCGGUGAACCGAGGGAACAGAAAGAUGCAGAGGUGGUAUUUCAGGAGGCUCUUCCGAAGUUCGACGUGGUUGUUGUCUCGUCGGGCCAGUGGUUCGUCAAACAGUAUGUCUACAUUUUAAACGACGAGAUCGUUGGAGGCCAGUUAUGGUGGCCGGACAAAACAAAGCCUGCAAGGAUCAACAACGUCGAAGCGUUUGGUAUCUCUGUGGAGAUUAAAGCAAUAGCUAAACACCAAAACUACACGGGCCUAACCAUCUUAAAUAUACAAUCGUUAAAGGUUUACAAGUAA